AUGGAAUCCAAUCCUAUCAACUCUUUAUCUCAACUAAAAGCUGCUGGAACAGUUGUUGUCACAGAUACUGGUGAAUUUGAGACUAUUUCCAAGUUUCGGCCUCAAGAUGCCACCACAAAUCCAUCUUUGAUCCUCGCAGCUGCUAAUAAACCAGAAUACGCAGACCUGAUUGAUACCGCAGUACAAUACGCUUUAAAGAAUGCCUAUGGAACUGAAAAUCAAACGCAAUUAGCUGUGGAUAGGCUCCUGGUCGAGUUUGGUAAGAAAAUAAUGGAUAUAAUACCAGGACGAGUCUCCACUGAAGUUGACGCCAGAUUAUCCUUUGACAAAAAAGCAACUAUAAAAAAGGCUCUUGAAAUAAUAGACCUCUAUGAGGAGCAGGGUGUUGACAGAGAUCGUGUUUUGAUUAAGAUUGCUGCUACCUGGGAGGGAAUACAAGCAGCCCUGGAGUUGGAGCAGGUCUACGAUAUACACUGCAACUUGACACUAAUUUUUUCUUUUGUUCAAGCUGUUGCGUGUGCUGAAGCGCAGGUAACACUUAUCUCUCCUUUUGUUGGACGUAUUCUUGACUGGUACAAGGCAAAAACAGGUAAGCAAUAUGAAGGUGCUGCUGACCCUGGAGUUAUUUCUGUUGUUCGUAUAUUCAAGUAUUUCAAGGCAUACGGAUACAAAACUAUAGUCAUGGGAGCUUCUUUCCGAAAUGUCAGCGAAAUAAAAGCUCUAGCUGGAUGCGAUUAUCUAACAAUUGCACCAACUUUGUUGGAUCAAUUACAAAGCUCCACAGAUGCUGUCCCUAAAGUCCUUGACCCUGCAACCUCAGCGGCUGAGGAGCAGGAGCCUUUUGUGUCGUUUGUAUCCAACGAAACUGCUUUCCGUUUUGAACUCAACGAGGAUCAAAUGGCCACAGAAAAGUUGUCUGAGGGGGUUCGAAAGUUUUCAGCUGACUGCAAUACCCUGUUUGAUCUUUUGAGAGAAAAAGUAAAAGUCGCUCAAGAGGAGGUGAAUAAUAUCUCCAAUGGCGUGCCAUCACUUUUCCGUCGUGUUUUAUCCAAGUUGUAA